GCUGCGACCGGAAACGGAAGUGGCUUCUCAGCGGUGCUGGUUACUCAGGGCGCGCGCCUUGGUCAGGCGGUAGUGUUUUCGGGGGAUGGGUUCCAAGGCCAAGAAGCGGGUGGUACUGCCCACUCGCCCAGCGCCCCCCACGGUGGAGCAGAUCCUGGAGGACGUGCGGGGUGCGCCCUCCGAGGACCCCGUUUUCACCGCUCUGGCCCUGGAAGACCCCCCAGGCCUCUCCGGGAGGGCGGAGGACGCAGAGGCCCAGCGGGAGCACCUCUACCAGCAGAGCCGGGCCUACGUGGCCCUGAACCAGCGGCUGCGGCAGGCGGGCGACGGACUGAGGCAGAGGCGCGCGGACCUGUGGCGGGCUGGCCAGGAGCUGGAGCAGGAUGUCAGCCACCUGACGCGGGGGGCACCGCCCGGGGCCGUGGCCCCCUCCUAGGGCUGACGGGCCUGCCAGCUACUCUUAGCACGAGCCCCCGGCAGGGCGCCCUGCGGCUCGCCGGAACCUCUGGCCGUCCCCACCUGACCCGGCACACCUCGGACCUGGGCCCCUGGGUCCCCUGGCCUGGGUUCUCCCCGGGGCACAGAGCCUGCGUGGCGGGUGACACCACACCUGCCCUUCCGGGCACGGGCCCCUUCCCGAGGGUCGGGUCUGGGGCGGCGUGGGUGCCGUUCACCCCGGGGGCGUGGAGCCCACACUGGACUUCGUUCGUGUGGGGUCCCCCGUGCCCGAGGGCCAAUCGGUCCAUCCUCUCCUUGCCCCUGGCGACCCUGCACCCCCGUGUCAUCCCGACAGACGGAGCUGGUGGAGCGCAGUGGGCUUGCUGUCCCCGCCCGUCUCCGCGUGAACUGCGGGGGCCCCAGGACUCCAGCAGAGGACCCCCCGUUCCUGCAGACAGUGGCGGCUGCUGGAGGCGCCCUUGGCCAUCAGGGCCCAGACCGGAGAUGGGGCCUCUGGUGGUGCCCCCCGAGCACCCUGACCUGAGGCCUGGGUGCUCCCACUGGGCGGGUAACCUUCGGGGUGCGGACCCCCUGUGGGCUGUGGGACCCCGUCACAUGGGCUCCUGUGAGGGGACAAGCUGGCCGGCCUCCCACCGAGCCCUCACGGCUGCCUCCAUCCUGCAGCUGCACCUGUGGGCAGGUGUGGGGGCACCGGACAGGAGCAGAGGCGGCUGAAGGCCUCUCUGCAGCGGGUGUCUGCACAGUGCCUGGCGGCUGCCCCUGUCCAAGGGUCCCUGGGAGCGCUGAAGCACCACAUCAGAGCCCUGACACGGGGAAUCCUGGGCAUCCGAGAGACCCCCAAAACCAGAACCCAGAAAGUGGGCCUUGGGGGCCUGGGCGUGCGGACACCGCAGGCCUGGCUCCAGGUAGGGCAGCAGGUGCACAGCCUCCCCAGCUGCUGACGGCACCCUCCCGGCCUGGCCUGGGUCUCCGGUGCCUCCUCUUGGAGUGCCCUGGGGUCAGGCGGGGGCAUGCUCUGGGUCAGGGACAUCUGCUUGCUCCUGGCAGAAGCCAGGAGGGGCCGUCACAUGGACCCCAGCUCGGGGUGAGCAGGACAGAAGGCCCCAGAGUACCCUCCCAGCCCCCACCCCAUCCUCAACCACGUGGAAACGGAGUCCCAGGCGGCAGAGCUCGAUUCAACAGCCGUGUUUAUUAAAGGUGCACGUGAGACGCC